UUUGUAAGUAACAAUGCCGCGAAUUUGAAUUCCACAAUGUUGGCUAAAUGUUUAUUUAUCACACCAACAACAACAACAGUUAUUUAAGUCUGAUGGGUGAUAUGAUGGAAGAUCUGGACUCAGACCGCUCUUUAGCACGAAGAUGACUAUAAAGUUUCUAUUUUGGUCGUUAAGAAGAGAGCUGAAAACUUCAAAACUCCAAGAUGUCAUUUUAUAUAAAACCUCCUUCUGGAAAUAUUUCCCUGGAAAAAUUGGAGAAAUUUGCUUUCAAACGCCUAGACUUUCUCAUUCGAGUGCUUGGUGCUGGUGAUGACUUUAUGGCUUUGACUGAUCUGGUCAAAGACUUGAGCCUAGUAGCUGACUCUGAUUGCUUCAUUGAAGGGACUAAGAAGGAUCAAGUAUCACAUUUUAUUCUUAGAAUGGCUUUUUCUAAAGAUGCUGAGCUCUGGAGAUUAUUCAAGAAAGCCGAGACAAGUCUUUUCAACUUUAGAUUCCAAUGCAUGAAACCCGAAGAGAUCUUUUGUUCUCUUAAACCAGUUUGGAAAUCUGCAGCUACCAUCUCAGAGAAAGAAAACAUAAAACAAUUAUCUUUUGAAGGUGUAUUAAAAGUCUUUAUGAACAUUGCAGAGAGCUGUGGAGGCUUGUGGGCCAGUGUCAUUGACAAAUACUACUCCGGAUGUAAAACUGACUACUUUUGUAUUCCUUUCAUAUAUGUCUUGAAGUUGGUGUCUGAAAGGAGAGUACGACUUGAACGAGGAGAUGCUCUUGUUCCGUUCUGUCGAUUGCAUCAUGUCAUGACGGCACUCUUUGAGCUUAUGUUGGAAUCCAGUCGGCAGCAGUUUCAGAAGAUUCUAUUGAACCUCAUCGAUGAAAGAAUUGAAAAACUGUUUGCUAAUCUCCAGAAAUAUUUCCAGUUGAAAUGUCUGCAGUGUGAAAGCAGCAGAACUGCCAGUAGUUUGUCUCAUGACAUAAUUGAUGCUGAAGAGAAGUAUUUCCCUCCCUGUAUGUCGUACCUCCACAGGGAGCUGCGGACCAAACACAGACUGAAACACCAUGCUCGAAUCCGUUACACAUUAUUCUUAAAGGAAGCAGGUCUGCCAGUUCAUGAAGCAAUUAUGUUUUGGCGAAACGAGUACUCCCAGUCGUGUGCCGAUGCUAAGACAGCAGGGAGUUGCAAUCACACCUGGCACAAAGAUGAGAAACGCUACGUGUAUAACAUUCGACAUCUCUAUGGCUUAGAAGGUUCACGGGUUAACUACAGAGCCCACACUUGUUCUCACAUCCAGGUUGCUACUGAUGGUUGUCCCUUUGUAAGUUUUCAUGAACAAAAUUUGAAGAAGUUACUGAAAGAAACUCCUGCAGACAUCCAGGAAGACAUCAAGAAAUUGGUCCAGAAGAAACGUUAUUGUGAUGCUUGCAGAACAUUUGUCGCUGCCAAAUUUGAAAGAGCUUCUCCCGAGGAUUGUUCUGUGGCACAAAUGGAGAAACCUAAAGUGGAAAAAGUUGAAAACAGUAAAGAGAAAUCUUUAAAUUCUUGCAGAGAAAAGCAUCUGCUUUUGAGUAACACGACCGAUUUUGAUGGUGAGGAAGAUGAAAAACAAAACAAUGAAGAGCGCCUAUGUGAAACUUUGAAUCCUUUAUCAGAGGAACUAAUUAAUUCAAAAUCAUUAUCAUCAAAUAGCUUAUCACCACCAUCAAAAAUUAGCAAGACUGUUUUAAAUGACAUCAAUCAAUCCCAUACACGAAUUAAUCAUUUGUCUUUGUGCUCUUCACAUGUGGAUGAUGUAAACUUGGCAACAAGUUUGGCAUCAGCUAAAAAGCUAGAACUAAAAGACUGUAAAUUAGAACCAACAACUUUCUGCCAUGAACAAGGUUCAUCACAAAAUCAAAGAUCUGAUUUUACCAAACAUCAGAUGUCUUCAGAUAUAAAAACAGAUCAAAGCAAAAAUGCAGGACAUUGUUUUAAUUUGAAGCCAGUUCAUUUUUAUGAACUGUGCAAACAUAGUUUGGAAAAGACAGAAUCAAAACCAAAACUAAAUUAGAAGAAUAUUUUUAUAUAUUUAUUUUUAAUUGAGUAAAUUGAAAGAAAAUAUGUGAAAUGAAUUGUUUGAUUGGAGAAUCUUAGAGUUUGAUGUGAGCUGCAGUGAAAAUAGCAGCAUCAGUUUGAUCUUGUCAUGCAGAAUGUAAUGUACUGGGAUGGAUAAGUGUAUCAACCCUUUUUGAUACUAACCCAUCCAUGACUAUCCUGCUUCAGUGAUACAAACUUCCUGUUUGAAAGUGAUUUAAAUUAA